AGCCCUGCGUGCUCUGCCCGCUGCGGGCUCUUUGCGUCUGCGUAGUGCGCCCCCCUCCCUUUCUGCCUCCGCUGCCGCCAUGGCGCCCGUGAAAAAGCUUGUGGCGAAGGGGGGCAAAAAAAAGAAGCAAGUUCUGAAGUUUACCCUUGACUGCACCCACCCUGUAGAAGAUGGAAUCAUGGAUGCUGCCAAUUUUGAGCAGUUUCUUCAAGAGAGAAUCAAAGUGAAUGGAAAAGCUGGGAAUCUCGGUGGAGGGGUUGUAACAAUUGAAAGGAGCAAAAGCAAGAUUACUGUAACUUCUGAGGUGCCUUUUUCCAAAAGGUAUUUGAAAUAUCUCACCAAAAAAUAUUUGAAGAAGAAUAAUCUCCGUGACUGGUUGCGCGUAGUUGCAAACAGCAAAGAGAGUUACGAGUUGCGUUACUUCCAGAUUAACCAAGACGAGGAAGAGGAGGAAGAUGAGGAUUAAAACUCAUUUAUCUGGAAUAUUUUGUAUGAGUUCUUAAAUAAAACUUGGGAACCAAAAUGGUGGUUUUCCUUGUAUCUCUGCAGUGUGGAUCGAACAGAAAAUUGGAGAUCAUAGUAAAAGCUUCACUUGGGCUGCCAUUCACUUAUUUGUAAUUAGACUUUUUUCCUGCUUGAAAAUUUAGUUUUUUGUGGUAAGAAAAGCAAAAUAAGCUCCUUUAAGGGAACUGCCAGUGAUCUGACCUUGAGCAGGUGGUUAAGGGUGUGGAAAUGUGCGCCCUUCAGUUAGUCACUAUUUUACUUCAAAAAGCGGGACAGUUUUACCUGGUGCUUUUCUCAAAGAUUCAGGUAUACUGACGUCGGGACUUCUAGUUCACUGAGCAAAACCAGCGACUUCUUUGAGGUUCUCUUGCAGGAAAAAGGUAGUGUCAGUAAAAAAGCAGGGUUCUGGGGCAUUUCAGUAUUUGGUUACAAAUUACUUGCACACAAUGACUUAUGUAUGUUAAUCCUUUUUCUUCCUGUAGAAAUAAAAUGUCCUUUGGCGCUGCUGCAUAUUCUCCUGCCCUCCAGGAAAGAGUCUGGAGAGCGGUUAUAAAAGUCCCAGAUUUUAAAUUAAGUAAACAUGCACAAAACUGAAUUUGUGAACAGUCAGUUUCUACAACUCUGCAACGAACUGUCCCUUUGGCCCCCAGCAGGGGGAGCUGGAGAUGAGCAGUAGUAGAGCUUCCAGAGAUGGACAUCUGUGCAUCUCCCCAGGAUCGCAGCCUUUUCACGGGGUGGGCGCCAAGGAGAAGCGAUCGAGGGACAGGUCAUGCUGAGGAGAUGAGGGAAAACGUUGACGUGCCCAGGGAAUGGUCCCUUCUGUGCCAUUUGGGCCAUGGCUGGAUUUAAUGUCAAGUCGUUCUACAGACUGACAUUAAUCAGGGCCAGAUGAAAGCGGGAUUUUGUUGCCUCGCGUGCAGAGGCUAGAGAUCUGUGAAAGGUUACUGAGUUGUAAAGAAGUAAUUGUCGCCAACUGGAAAUCCAGAGGAUUUGAGAGCGACUUUGAAAAGAGACCCUGAUGCCUUAUGGUGCCCUUCUGAAAUCUAAACAAUUCUGCAGAAAUGUCUGCAUUGUCUUAAAAUUACAGUGUAUGAAACCAUGUUUUUAAGGUUCGCCCACAGCUAAUUUCCACACCUGAAAUUCUUGGGCUCUGCUAGCUGCCUAGCUGGAAAUUAAAUGUUGGAGUCCUACCUUUGCUCCAAAUUAACAUUUGGUGCUCCUUGGAUUGAAUUUAACAUGUUGAGUCUUUGCAAUUUCAUUUGUGGUUAAAGGCUCUAGCAUUUUCUAUUUCUAUGCAAAUUUCUUGUAGCAGAAUUGUUUGCGUGUUUCUCCACCCUAGGGCAAGGAGAGGUUUCUUUCCAAUGUCACUGAGGCAUCAGCUGGUUUCUGUCCCUUACCAUGAUCAUUAACUUUGUUAGUAAGUUUAUGACCUGGGUUUGCAAAUUGUACUUGUUUGUUGCAUCCAUGUUCACCUGUGGUGAUUUUUAGUUUCAUUGUAAAAAUAUUAACCCUGGGUGGAAAUUAGCAUAGAAGUUUUUCUUUUUUCUUUUUUUUCAAACUUCCAGGUUUUUAAAACUUGUAAUAAAAUUGAAACUCGUUGGUUUUUCUAUGCCUUUUUGAACUCUUGUAAUUGAGUUUUGAUCACAUUUUAUAUUAAAGUGGCUAACACGUGGCUA